AUGCACUUGACGACCGCGACACGACCGGGCAUUGCCUUAACUGUGAGCUACGUCUUGCGCUUCAUGGAGAAACCGCAAGUCGAGCGCUGGAUGUCGGUCAAGCGUAUUGUGCGAUACUUGCAUGGAUCCAAAUCGCACGGCAUCUGCUCCAAACUCGGCGGCAAGGUGGAUUUCUACGGCUACUCGGAUGCAGACUGGGCCGGCAACCAUGUGAAUCGCAAUGAAGCCGAGUAUAUCGCUCUAAGUCUGGCGAUUCAAGAAGGCAAGUGGGUGCAUCGCUUGCUGCGCGAUAAUUUUCUGGCUACCGCAGCGGACAAGUCCGAGCUCAAGGUUAUGGAAGACAACCAGUCCUGCAUCAAGAUGACGAAGGACUCGGUGAUCCAUGGUAAAGCCAAGAGCAUCAAAAUCAAGUACCAUUACAUCCUUAAUGAGGUUAAGUGCGGGAAAGUCAAGCUGGAAUCUUGUGAGACGACGAAUAUAUUGGCGGACAUCAUGACGAAGGGGCUACUAGGACCACGGCACAAAGACAUGACGGCGGCUCUCGGCAUUCACGCAAAUUUGCAUUGA